AUGGAGCAGAGGCAGGACGGGCCGGCCCCGGCCCAAAGCCUGGAGCAUGCAGAGCUCCAGCCCGAGCCUAAACUUGAUCCCAAAUCCCAGCCCGAGCCUGAACUUGAUCCCAAAUCCCAGCCAGAGCCUAAAGUCGAUCCCAAAUCCCAGCCAGAGCCUAAAGUCGAGCGCAAAUCCCAGCCGGAGCCUAAACUUGAUCCCAAAUCCCAGCCCGAGUCUAAAGUCGAGCCCAAAUCCCAGCCCGAGCCUGGUGCUGAAGCCGGUGGUGAGCCCGGUCCUGAUGCUGAGCUCGGUCUCGGUUCUGAGCCUGGUCCCGGUUUUGAGCCCGGUCCCGGUUCUGAGCCCGGUUCGGAUUGGCAGCGCCAGCAGCGAAUCGCCGCCCGCCGCAACCGCGUGGAUGUCCGGCGCCGGGAAGCCCUUGGAGAGAAGGUGGAGAAGGAGGAGGAGGAGGAGGAGGAGGAAGAGGAGAGGAAGAGCCUGAAGGUGAUCGAGGAGACCGGGAAGGUCCUGGCCAAGCUCCUUUUCCACGGGACGCAGCUGCUGACGAACGUCCGGGUGGAAGCGGAUCUGCGGGAAUCGCGGAGGCGGGAAAAGGAGGGGGAGGAAAAGAGGAGGAGGCUGGAAAAGCUGGAAUGGGAAGCCAAGCACGGCACGGAAAAGUUGGCGGAGAUCAAUUCCAAGUGGGCCCUGGCGGGGGAUCUGAAAAUCCCGCAGGAAUUGUGGGAGCUGCUGGAGCAGCAGCAGGAUCAGUGCCAGCAGCUCCUGACAGGGAAGAACCGGCUGAUCCGGGAGCUCCAGCAGGAGCUGGAGGCCAAGGACUCGCAGUACGAGCAGGCCCUGCGGGAGCAGGAGGGCGAGAUCCGAGUGCUCCUGGAGAGGAUGGAGGAGCAGAGCAGGAAUCUGGUCCGGAGCUACCGGCACCACAUCCGGCACAUCGAGAAAACGUUGGAGGAGGAGAGGCGGGAAAUGCUGGUGAACAACCGGGAAAGGUGGAACGAGGCCAUGCAGGCCCACAACGAGCAGGAGCUGCAAUUCCUGCGGGAGCGGAUGGACAAAGCCCUGGAAUUCGAGAAGCUGCUGAACGAGCUGGAGGCUGAGAGCGUGGAAAGCUACGACAGCACGAAAUUCCAGCUGGAACGGGAUGUGCAGUACCUGGAGAAGAGGCUCCGGCAGAUGAAGGGGCUUUACCACCUGAACCAGGUGAAGCUGGAAUACAACCUGGACGUGCUCCGGCAGCUGGACGUGGAAAAUUCCACGCUCCGAUCCCUGCAGAAAAGGAAAAUCAAUCGACUCCAGACUUCCCUCAGCCUCCUGAGGACCAAAAUGGCCAAGCAGGAAAAGAAAUUCCAGGAGGAAAAGCAGAGCCUGGAAUGGGAACUGGAGCGGAUCACGGGGCAAUUCCAGGAGACUCGGAGCCGCCUGAGGGAUCUGGCGCUCAGCGGAGCCGAGAAAUUCCGGCGGGUUUGGAUGGCGAACGAGGAAGAGGCCAAAGCGCUGAUCCGGGAAGCGCUGGACGCCGAUCGCAUCAUCCACGUGCAGCAGUUGGGAAUGCCGUGGGAAGAGCCUCGCCUGUGGUUCAUGGAUAACGUGGGACCCCCGGGAGGCCGCCGGGAGAAGAGGGAGGCCAUGGAAGCGGCCACGGAGCUGCUGGAAGAUUUUCCCAUCCAUGGAUAUUCCUGGUCGAUAUCCCACAGCAACCACGAGACCCUGCGGAUCGAGGACGAGGCGGAGCUGCGGAAACUCAUGGAUUUUUUCCUGUUCUACGGAUGCCAGGGAGUGACCGACAGCCAGGAUAUGCCGGGAGAAAAUCCCGCGGAUCCGGCUCAGGAUGGAGGGGAGGGCGGAUCCCAAUUCCAGAGGGAUGAGCUCCAAUCCCUGGAGAGCUCCGUCCCCGCCCGCUCCGUCGAUGCCGACGAUGUCCUGAAAAUCCUGAAGGAAUUCCUGCGGGAUUUUCCCAAGCUGAGGGACGAAGGACCCCCCAGGGAGAUCCAGGAAAUCCGGGACAACUCCAAGGACGGGGAAUACUGGCAAGCCAUGACCCGCGUCAUUCCCGAGGGGACCCUCAAACUUUGGGAUGCGCUCGGAGCCGCGCUCCUGGAAUACCACAAAGUGCUGACGCGGAGAUCCGAGCUUUUUUCCCGGGCGGCCGCCCUGCAGCGGCAGAACUCGGAGCUGGGAAUUCUGCUGGAGGAAUAUUUGGGAUCCGGGCACGGCCGGUGAGCUCGGCCUCCCAUCCCCGCCCGUAUUCCAGCCUCCAAUCCCACCGGGAUGGAUCCAAACCUGGGAAUGGUGGA